CAGAUCUACAUCAAGCCAAACCAAAAACUACACAGUUGUUCCCUUCAUGGUAGAUCUGCGUUGUUUUGUUUGCUUUCAGCUAGCUGCAGUCGGCAUUUGCGUUACCCAGUGUUAUAUUUUCUAAACUUAGCUGGAAUAUCAUCAGGUCUGUUGCAAGAAGUGUUUUAGCGAUGACCUUGCAAUUGGCUUGCUUUUCGUUAUAACUUUUAAAAAGCCAUUUAAAAAAUAGGAAUGGAGUCCCUUUACUGGCGGAGUGCCAGGCGUAUUUUCGAGUCCUUUCGCCGAGUUCGUUUGCGGCAGCUGUAUGAUUCGCCAUUGCGAAAGGCUUUACCAGCCCUGAGUUUCGGUGGAAAUUUGCGACUGAUUGCCGGAGGUGCUACUGGCGGUGGUCUAGCUGCAUUCAUGACUCUUGGUGGUGCGAGUGCAGCAGACUCUGUGGAGCCUGCCGGAGGCAACAGUCCCACGCAAUCGACGCUAUGUCGAGUCAUGCUUCCGGACGAUGCGAAUCCCAGCGGCAAUGUACAUGGUGGUACCAUUCUGCACCUUAUUGAGCAGGCAGGCUGGAUUGUUGCCACGCGCCAUUGCAACUCAAAUAAGUCAUCAGAAAACAGUGGAUUCUUCUCAUCCGCUAAGGACUUGUCGGCAGCGCUAGUGCGUGUUGAGCACAUGGACUUCAUCCAACCAAUGUAUAUCGGUGAAAUUGCGCAGAUAACUGCCAACGUGGUGUUCACCUCAGAACGGUCUAUGGAAGUACGUGUGGAGGUAUGGGCGGAGAAUGCUUCGAAGGGCCAGCGUCGUCUUACCAACCAGGCUAUCCUGUGGUAUGUGGCUGUUCCUAUGGAUAAGGAAACAUCCGCCGGUCAUCUCAAAUCACAGCCUGUUCCACCUCUUCCAUCCAAUCUCAAGCUGAGAAAGGAGGUUGCAGCUGCGGCAAAGGAGCGUUACGAAAUGCAGAAAGCUCAGCGGGCCCAGGCGCAAGAGCUUCCAGGUGAUACCAAGCUGGUAGCCCUGCAGCCCGAGUCCGAUGCUGUGGCGAGCAGUCCAGCAGCUUCGCAGAGCAGCCUGCAGCACGUCAUUCUGCCGUCGGAGUGCUUUGCCAAUAGCAUAGCACAGGGUGGUGUGAUUAUGAAGCUGAUGGACACGCUGGCCGGUGUCACGGCCGCUCGCCACUGCAGAAGUCCAGCAGUGGUGACGGCCUCACUGGAUGCUAUCGACUUUCAUGCACCAGUACUGAACGGCAAUCUUGUUACGGUCACUGGGCGUGUAACGCACACCAGUAAGCGAUCAAUGGAAAUUGAAGUCAUUGUCUUUGCCGAUAAUGCAUUCACCGGCGAAAGGAAGGCCACCAACACAGCCUACUUCACAUUUGUGACACUCAACAGGUUGACUGGCAAAGUCAACGAGGUGCCACAGUUGAGUACUCCUACCGAUGAGGACAAGGCACGCUUUGCUGAAGGCCAGCAACGUUACGACGAGAGGAAGGAAGCCAGGAAAGCCCAAAAAUAUACAUACUAAUUUAUUGACAUUCAACGAAAUGUUCUGUUUCCGCAGAAACAGCCCCUUCUCAUAUCCGAGUGUUACUUGAGUUCUAUAGAGGUGCUGACCGCUGUAUCUAAAGUACAAAGACCUAUUUGAUAACAAUGAUGACUGUACAUGUACUAGUGUUAAUACUCUAGUGAAUUAGGCCUUUGUUAUGACCAUGUGCGUGCAGAGAAUCAUGAUAUCAGGGCAUACCUUGCCAGGUAAAUUGCAUUUAUCGUAAUUUGUUACGCUAAAGUAAUUCGCUACAAUAUACCAUUCUGAUUCACAAAUGCAUCGAAGUACUAA